UCUAGAAGGGGAUCCGAUUGGCAUAUAAAAGGGAGUGUCAACUUGGAGCCUAAAUACGCGGGCGGCACUGGGAAAUUAAGACAGGUCAAGGCGGCGACGGAUCAAGAUGAAGCCGGAGACGGUGACUCUGAUUCUCGUGAACCUCGCUGGAGUGAUGGAGAGGGCCGAUGAAUCUCUGUUACCUGGUGUCUACAAAGAGGUCGGUGCCGCCUUGCACACCGAUCCGACUGGUCUCGGCUCCUUGACUCUCUUCAGAUCGAUUGUGCAGGCUUCUUGUUAUCCCUUGGCUGCGUACUUGGCCGUGCGCCAUAACCGAGCUCAUGUGAUUGCUCUCGGCGCUUUUCUCUGGGCUGCCGCUACGUUUCUUGUCGCAUUUUCCUCUACUUUCCUUCAGGUCGCUGUUUCAAGAGCAUUGAAUGGGAUAGGCCUUGCAUUAGUUGCACCUGCCAUCCAGUCCCUUGUUGCAGAUUCAACAGAUGACAAUAACCGUGGUGUGGCUUUUGGAUGGCUUCAAACAACAGGCAACCUAGGCUCCAUUAUUGGCGGGUUGUGUUCAAUAGUAUUAGCUCCAAGAACAUUUAUGGGAAUCGCCGGUUGGAGAAUUGCAUUUCAUAUUGUUGGACUAAUCAGUGUUGUUGUUGGCAUGCUAGUCCGUUUCUUUGCACAUGAUCCACAUUUUUCAGACGACGGCAUUAAAACUGGUAAUCAUUCUCCACCCAGUAAUUCCUUUUGGUCUGAAGUGAAGGACUUGGUACGGGAAUCCAAGUCAGUUAUAAAGAUUCCAUCCUUCCAGAUCAUAGUAGCGCAGGGUAUCACAGGUUCAUUUCCUUGGUCAGCCUUGUCAUUUGCAACAAUGUGGUUGGAGCUCAAGGGCUUCUCCCACGAGACGACGGCUUUUCUAAUGGGCAUGUUUGUGAUUGGAAACUCGCUUGGAGGCUUGUUUGGAGGUAAAAUGGGAGAUAUCCUCUCCACACGUUUCCCAAAUUCUGGGAGGAUUAUUCUGGCACAGAUUAGCUCAGCAUCAGGCAUUCCUCUAGCUGCAGUUCUUCUCCUCCUCUUGCCUGACGGCCCAUCUACAGCAGUUGUCCAUGGACUAGUCUUGAUCAUUGUGGGGUUUUUCAUUUCUUGGAAUGCACCAGCUACAAAUAAUCCCAUUUUUGCAGAGAUAGUUCCUGAGAAAUCUCGAACUAGCGUCUAUGCUUUAGAUCGAUCUUUUGAGUCUAUUUUGUCAUCAUUUGCCCCUCCUGUUGUUGGAAUUCUUGCUCAGCAUGUCUAUGGUUAUAAGCCUGUCCAGAAGGGAUCUAGUGAAUCUGAAGAGAUUGCCACAGAUAGGGGGAAUGCAGCGUCAUUAGCCUGGGCAUUAUACACAGCAAUAGGAAUUCCAUUGGCUCUUUGUUGUUUUAUCUACACUUUUCUGUACUGCACCUAUCCAAGAGAUAGAGAACGAGCACGUAUGGAAGUUUUAAUUGAAUCAGAGAUGCAGCAAAUACAAUCUGAAAGGCCACCUUCAGGUCCGGGAUACUCUCAAGUUCAGUUAGAAGAAUCAGACAAGCUAUAUGCUAGAGAUAGAACAGUCAUAGAUAUGAUGGAUUAUGAAGAAGAGAACGAUCUAGAUUUUGACGACGACGACGAAAAGACAGCCCUUUAUCGCCAGUUGACAUUUUCGACGUUUGUGAAACCAUAGCCUGCCAAGAGGAUGUACUCUGUUGGUGUAGCGUAAAAGCAACUCCAUUCCACGUAUUGUUUUCAAUCUUUGACAGUCAGGAAGCAUUAUAGUUUUGAUUUGGAGUUCUCUGAAACUCAAAACAGACGAUGAAAUAUUCUUUUUAAUGUAUAUCUUAGUGACAGAUUAUGAGGAUGCUCUUUAGGAACAUGGGGUGCGCCUUCCUUCUGCAGAGUUUGUAGAUUGUCAUAUAGGCCUCUGCUGUAUUCACAAGCUUGCGUUCAACCCAAUGUGUACAGCUAAAUCAAACUCGGUUCCUCGCAUUGGCGUAGCACAUACUCUUCUUA